AUGAUAAAUAACAUGUGCGUUGCCGAAUUAUUGGGAACGCAUCUGUCUCACAUCUCUGUGCUGAGAGCAUCAACAACGAUCUUGGGAUACCUACUGUAUAAAAGACUCUUCUCAAUUUUGCAUUCGUGUUACCAAGCAGUCGACAUCAUGGCAUCCAACACAGUCACAUUUCUGGUCGUAGCGACAAUGACUUUCUUAGUUUUCACUUCGUGUCUGGCCACUUCCGACCCAAAUCUCUACGUAAAUAACACUCAAGAACUGGAAACCAGUGAAAAUCGUGCUGCUGCUGCUGAUACGGGGAAAUCCCUGAGUUUGUCGGAUCUAGUUUACGGCACGUCUGCUGCAUCAGCAUCCAACCGCCAGUCCGAUGUUAGUUACCUAACUGAAGAGGAUUUCCGAAACGCCCUCGCUGUCGAAGACAGUAGCGACGUCACCAAUCCCAAUUGGAUCGCAGACCAUCAGCAUCAAUCAUCCAAUUUGUUCGAGGGUGACAUUGCCGGUGUCAAGUCGGCCAGAGAGCUGCGCAAUGCCAUUAUCGGUGUCAAUUUCCGUUGGCCAGAUGCUGUCAUCCCUUACGUCAUUACAUCCUCAUACACCCCAAGCGACCGCAGUGUAAUCGCCAGAGCCAUGAUGGAAUAUCACAACAAGACUUGCAUCCGCUUCGUUCCCAGAACUAUCCAGCCAGAUUACAUCAUCAUCAAAACCACAGGAUCUGGGUGUAACAGUAACAUUGGGCGGACGGGUGGGUCUCAGGUAGUGUCGCUGGAUCAAGGCUGCGUUCACGUGUCGCUGAUUAUUCACGAGCUGAUGCACGCCGCUGGCUUCUUCCACGAGCAAUCACGAACCGACAGGGACGAUUACGUCGUCAUCAACUAUGGAAACAUUCAAGCAGGUUCUAUUUGA